GCUCCUCGGCAGUUAGCAUUCGGGCGCCUAACGAGCUACAUAUCCUCGGCGGAAGGAAAAAGAGAAAGAGGGAGAGAGAGAGAGAGAGAGAGAGAGAAAGAAAGAAACAGAAAGAAACAGAAAAAGAGAAAGAGAGAGAGAGAGAGAGAGAAAGAAAGAGAGAGAUAGAACGAGCCAAAAGCCGGACCGGCUCGUUGCGUCUUUUUUUUUUUAAAUAACUAUCACACACAUUUUUACCGAGCUAACCAACCAACGACGCAAUCGAGCAAAAGACUUUUUCCUCGGCUCGUUCUUUUUUGUUUUUUUUUGUUUUGCCAAGUUAAUUAUCAUAUAUAUAUAUAUAUACAUAUAUAUAUAUACACACACACGUAUCUACAUACUUCCCCCCCCGUUACCGCCAAUCGGGGUCUUAGAUAAAGAGGAAGAGUAGUAACGAAGAAAGAAAAGUGUUGUUGCAUACGUGCCUUCCAACCACCCCCGCUGCCCGCCCGAUCGCACAUCCUCCCGCCAGCAACGGUGAUCACGAAGAAGAAAAAGAAAAGGAAGAAGAAGUAAAAGAAGAAAUUGAAGAAGUAGAAGUAGUAAUAGUUUAACCUCGAAUUUAACGUAUAUCGAUCGAAGGACGAUUCUCGGAGAAGGUAGCAUUUCGAUCAGAUUUGCUAAAGGACUGAAACCGAUAAGAAGAAACUCUCAUCGUGACAAUUUUUCAUCGUCGAUAUAUAUCAUCGUCGACGAAAAGUUUCUCAUCAUCGAUUACAUUUUUCUUUCUUUUUUUUUUUUCUUUCUUUUUCUCGCUUUUUCCCCCAUUUUGUUUUCCCCUCGAUUCUUUCUUUCUUUCUUGCUUACUUUAAUUAAUUAAUUACUUAUUUUUAAUAUACACGUCGCGACGACGCCGCGCAAAACUUUCCGCGUACUUGACGUGUAGUGUUUUCGAUGUAAACGCUCGACGAGGCCUAACGUCGGAGAGUGUGGCAGUUUUUAUAUAUAUACAUAUAUAUAUAUAUUUAUAUAUAUAUAUAUAUACAGGACAUAUAUAUAAUUUUUUUCCCUUUUCUUCGUUUCUCUUGUGUCCUUUGAAGUUUUUCGUUCCGAGAACGAGAUUACGCUUCGGUCUUUGUUUUCGAAUCGUAGAAAACGAAGAAGAAGAAGAAGAAGAAGGGAAUAUUCUUUCUCACAAAAAAAAAUAAUAAUAAUAACAAUAACAAUAAUAACAACGACGACGACGACGACGACGAGAAAAAGAAUUAAAAAAAAAGUGUUGAAGUCGAAGAAAGGAAGAAGAUAGAAAGGGAAAGAGACUGACGGAUACGUAGUGUUUUUGUGCAAAAAAAAAGAAAAGGGAAAGAAAGAGAGAAAGAAGAAGAAGAAGAAGAAGAAGAGGAAAGAAGAAGAAAGAAGAAAGAGGAGUGAAGAAACUGAAGGAACAUGUCGACCGCCGUCAUGAGUACGCCCAUGUUCGAGUGCAACGAGGCUCUCUUUAAGAACACGAGCUCCGCGAAGAGCAAGGACACGGGUACAAGCAAUGCAACGUCGGUAUCAUCGGCAAACAACAACAAUGGCACGAACGGAGGUCACGCACCUUUACGUCGUAGCUACACUUCUUUAGUGACUACAUUGAUCGAGCAACAUCGUAAACUCGACAGGAGCGCGAGCGAGCCAACGUCUCGUUACAAGACGGAACUAUGUCGGCCGUUCGAGGAAAGUGGAGCCUGUAAAUACGGAGACAAGUGUCAGUUCGCUCACGGAUACAGCGAGCUGCGAAAUUUGGCUCGUCAUCCGAAAUAUAAAACAGAAUUGUGUCGUACCUUCCAUACGAUUGGUUUUUGCCCGUACGGACCGCGGUGCCACUUUAUUCACAACUUCGAGGAAGCUCGUAUACACAAUCAGAAGGUGAGCGCACAGUUAGGCUCAUCGCAGCCCAACAUCAUGGGUUUGAAUCCGUUGUUGGGUGCAGCGGCUGCAGCCGCGGCAGCCGCAGCAGCGGCCGCGGCCGGUGGUAAUACCGGUGGUGUCACCGGUGGUAACAGCAACGGCUGUAACACCAGUACAGCAGCAGUCGCAGCAGCAGCCGCAGCAGCAGCAGCAGCAGCCGGUGCUGCUACGAACGCACCUAGUAACGCAGCCGCAGCCACAGCAGCCGCCAAUUCCGCCAAUCUUAGCGUCGGCCUCUUGGAACAGAUAGCUGCCGCUAGCUCGUCCCAAGUAGCUGCGGUAGCCGCAGCAGCAGCAGCUGCCAAUUCACCACCGAAUCUAAUGAGAACGAAUUCUCUAAGUUUGGCUGCCACCACGGCCAACGCUGCCUUUACACCACCGCCCUUGCUACGAACAAAUUCUCUUAGUCUUGCCUCGAGCCACCAUCAUCAUCAACAACAUCAUCAACAACAUCAUCACCAACAUCAGCAUCACCAUCAUCAUCACCAUCAUCGUCAAACGGCCGGUGCUAACGGUGCUGCCGGUGGGAGUUCCAUCGUCGGUGCUACCAGGCCAAAACCGCUCAACCUCAGCCCGACAUUUUCCCUCGGUAGCACGGCGGACUCUGUCUCGCCGUCCUCAAGUCUCAGCCAAUCUCCCACUAACUCAAUGGCAAGUUUCUUCAGCGACGACUCGACGCAGCAAGCUAACGUAAACAACAAUCUACCAACAACACCUUUCAGCUUCGGUCAGGAUUUUGGGCUUCUCGCUACACGACAAACUCCAAGUCCACGUACGAACGUUUGCAGUCCACUCGGUUCAGACGAGAUCACGCCAAGAACACCCUCACCGUUAUCGCCUAACGCAGAGUCAAGGUUGCCUGUAUUCAACAGGAUCAGCAGCACCCUAGGUGACUUCGACAACCUUAAGAUCUAAAACUCUCCCUUCUAUCGCUCUGUAUGUUGUUUCUUCGCGCGAUCGAAAGAAAGACAAAAACCAACAACACACGUAUUUCGUUUUAUAAAAACGUGUGUCGAUUGAAAAUUUUAAUAUCUCUUUUCGAGAGAUAAAAAUGAUGAAAUUUCGUUCUUUAUUUUUUUUUUCUUCUCUUCCGCGGACGGGGAGCGAUCGCUUCUCUCUCCUCCGUCGUUAUUCCGCUUAUUAUUUAAAGCAUUCUUCUUCUCCUUCAUCUUUUUAAUUCUUUUUUCUCUUUUAACGACGCACCUUCGUGCAUUUUGCUAUCGUUCUUGAACCAUCGUCUUUUGUGUUUUCCCUAAAAUUUUUGUCUUUUUUUUUAAAUCCUUAUCCUCAUUAUUAUUAUUAUUAUUAUUAUUAAUAUUAUUAUUAUUAUUAUUAUUAUUAUUAUUAUUAACUAUUUUAAAUAAUAUUCUUAUUCUUAUUAAUAUUAUUGAUAUACUAUUAUUAUUAUUAUUAUAUUAUUAUUAUAUUAUAUUAUUAUAUUAUAACUAUCCUUAAUAACAUACAUAUAUAUAUAUAUAUAUAUAUAUAUAUAUAUAUAUAUCGUCGGAACCACCGUCAUUCAUCGCGUUAUGGUCAUUACGGUCGUGUUCUUCGGCAUUUUCUCAUUAUCUAUAAUCGAUUAGAAAAUAUCAUUCUCAUAUCUUAUUAGGUCGCGUUGCUUUUUAGCGGUCGACGACUGUAACGAAGAACGACUUAGGAGAAACGACUUUUGACUUUUCUGUCGGUCGUAAUUUUCUUUUUCAUUUUUUUUCUUUUUUUUUUCUUUUACUGUUUUUUUUUUCGCCCUCUUUUUUACUUAGGUUUAACGCUCGUUUAAUCGAUACCGCGAAACGACAGUAUCAUCCCGGAAGUCGCGACCGGAUCGUGUGAAUCUCUCGAUGAAAAAUGUAAAUGAGAUGAUAUAUAUCGAUCGUUGUUGUACGUCUGUCUCAUGGAAAAUGAUACCAAGAGAAAAAAAAUUUUUCUGUGGAUUGCAAGAGGAGGAAGAGGGAGAGGGAGAAGGAGUGGGAGAGGGGGAGAAGGGGGUGAGAGAAAGAGAGAGAGAGAAAGAGGAGAAAAGUAUUCUUCUUAUUCUUCGUUCUUCUUGACUUUACUUUCUUUUAUUUACUUAUCUUUUCCUUUUUUUUUGGCUUUUUAAAUUCUCGGUCGUUUCAUCUUUAUUUUUAUUAUUUUAUUUUAUUUUAUUUUUUAUUCUUUCUUUUUUUCUUUUUUUUUUUUUUUAUUAACGGGGAAUGAAGAUGAAGAAAACAGAAAGUAGUCUGUUACUAUGAAUUACGGCUUAUUUGCCAUAAUUUUCAAUUAGAGAAAUCGAAAGAGAAAACAAUAACAAAUAGACAAAUAUAAGCAAAAACACAAAAAAAAAAGUAUAAAAAAUAUAUAAAACAAAAAAAAAUAUAUGUAUCUCCCUCUUCCCGCGCGGCACGAACGAUUCACAUGGAUCUUGGUUUGUCGCGUUAAAAUCCGGGGCAGGUGAAACGUUGCAAUAUUCCAAAACACUUUAUUAAAUAACGUUAGAAGAUUUCUUUUCGUUUGUGUUUGUAUUUAUCCUUUGUUUUCUUUUUUUUUUUUUUUAACGGUGGUCUCUUUUAUAUAAAGGAGAAAAAGUAAGAAAGGAAGUUGUGUCUAGAGAAAGAGAGAGAGAGAGAGAGACAGAAAAAAAAGUAGACGGACAAACAUGUAUAGAACUUAAGAAUUAAUAGUGUGCGAGAGAAAGAGAGAAAGAGAGAGAUAUGAUAGUAUGCGAUAAAUAAUAAUAAGCAUCCGAUAUACAGAUACUGUGAAUGCGAAAAAUAUAUAGGUACAUAAACGUACACUUAACAAGAAUACACACAUCGAUUAAGAAAAAUGUGCCUUCGAUCGAAGAUCACUCGGUACAUUUGGGGAUAGUUUUCUUUUUAUUUUUUUUUGUUUUUUUUUUGUUUACAAUUUUUUUUCUCCCCUAUUAAAAAUAGUGUCUUCCAGUGUUUAAUAGAAUGAAUGAAUUGUAUGUAUGUAAAGGCGAAAGAACAAAGAGAUAGACAGAGUGAAAGAUCCUCCGUGAUAUAUAUAUAUAUAUAUCAUAAAUGUUAGAUUAUUCUUCUAAAAAAAAAAGAAAAAGAAAAAGAAAAAAAGAAAAAAAGAAAAAGAAAGGAAUAUACGCAACGACAAAAUGAUGCCGAUGACUUUGAUAUUUCUCAAUACGAAAGAUUAUAAAAAGAAUAGGAUUUAGAAGAUGAUUAUAACGUGUUAUCUAUUAAACACGUGCGUGUUUGUGACUUUACGAAAGAGACUUGCUCUGCCCCCUCCCUCCCUCUCUCUCUCUCUCUCUCUUUCUUUUGUUAACAAUGAUAAUAAUAUUAAUUAAAAAAGUAAAAAAAUAAAAAAAUACAAAAAAGAAAAUGCACAAAAAAAAAAGAGCAAAGAAAAGAAACAUUUAGAUAUACAUAUAUAUUGUGUGUAUAUAUAUAUACAUAUAGAUAUAUAUAUAGAUAUAUAUAUCGUUAUUAUGUACGAGAGAGAAAGGGGUAGAAAUUGGGGUAGGGAUAAGGAUAGAGAUAGUGACAUGAGUAGUGAAAGGAGGGAAAGAAAAUAUUUGAAAAAAAUACGAAGGAAAAGCUAUUCGAGCGAUCAAAACUCUAAAUCGGUCGGAUAUACUUACACAUACACACGCACGUGUUCCGCUAAUUUAACACUUUUUUACACGUGGGUGGUCCGUAUUUAUAUCCUUGGAUCGUAGUAAUAUAUCGGAGGCUACGUUCCCUGUCUCUUACGCUCUGUUUGUCUCUUAUCUUUCUCUCUCUCUGUCUCUCUCUCUCUCUCUCGCUCUCUCGCUCUCUCUUCCUCUCCCUCUUUAUCUUUCUUUCGAAUGUGAAAGCAUGACUAACAUGUACGAGAUAGUAUGUAUGUUACUGCAAAAACAUUGGUUUCGAAAACGUAAGUGAAGAAUUUUUUAAGCAAUAUCGAAUCGAUCAAGUAAGAUGAAAAACAGAGAGAGAGAGAGAGAGAGAGAGAGAGAGGGAGGGAGGGAGGGAGGAAGAGAGAGAGAGAGAGAGAAAGAGAGAGAAAGAGAAAGAGACGAAGGAUAUAUUUACAGAGAGAGAAAGAGAAACGAUUGAUUUUGUAAUCUAUAUAUAUAUAUAUAAAUAUAUGAAUAUAUAUAUAUAUUUAUAUAUAUAUAUAUAUAAUUAUAUUUGUUCUUCCCCGUAAAGAAAAAAGAAAAAAUGUGAUAUGUAACUAUUGCAAUAGAAAUAUUUACUAUUAUUGAAGAACAUAUUCUAUUAUGAAAGGAGGAGAGGAAGGGAGAAAGAGAGGGUGUGGAUUUAGCGUGACAGGGUGACGGCGCUACACAAGGGAAGUGUACCGUUUUUCGUGCUUUUUAUUUUCUUUUCUUUUCUUUUUUUUUCUUCUUCUUUUUUACUCUAUUUAUUUCCUUUUUUUUUUCUUUCCCUUCGCGCACGAGAAAAAUAAAAAUAGAUAGAUAGAUAAGUUAGUAAAUAAAUAAAUUAAUAAAUAAAUAAAUAAAUAAUAAAAAAAAGAAUGAAUAAAAAAAGAUGAAGAUAAACGAUCGAUCUUAACUCGAUCGUUUUUUUUUUAUCGAUCUUAUCGUUCUUUCAGUUAAAGAAAACUUCCUCUGUUGGAUGUCCGUCACCUUGCUUCCCGUAGAUUUAAUACAAAUGAAAUAAUGAUAGAAUGAUUUAACGGUGAAAAAGAAAGUAAACGAAAGUGCCUAAAUGACGUGGUUUUUGAAAAUCGAAUACAUUCUGUGUAUAUAUAUAUAUAUACACGCACACACAACACACACAUACACACAAAUACACACACCAUCAUACUCUUAUGCUUGAAGAAACUGAACAUAACAGCAGCCAAUAACAAAAACAUCAACAAGAACAAUAAUAAUAAUUAUUACAAGAAAUAUUUUUCAUUUAAUUUAUAUGCGAAGGCAAAUGUUAUUGUAGAUUUAGUUUGCUAUUAUUAUUAUUAUUAUUAUUAAUAUUAUUAUUUUAUUAUUAUAUUAUUAUAUAUUAUUAAUUAUAUAUUAUUAAUUAUUAUAUUAUAUUAUUAUAUUAUUAUUAUUAUUAUUAUUAUUAAUAUUAUUACUUUCAUUAUUAUCAUAUUCGUAACUGAAACAUCGUAAAAAUAUUUCCCGACGAUAAACGAAAAGUAACAAGCAACAUUAUUUUUAGGUCUUUGUGAGAAACAGUAGGUUGAUUCAUAACGAGAACGAUCUGGAUUAUUUUCUUUUUCUUCUUUUCUUUUACUUCUUCUUUUUCUUUUUCCUUGUUUUUUUUUUUUUUUUUUUUUUUUUUUUUUUAUAUAUAUUUUUCGUUUUUAAUCCUCUCCCGAGACAUAUCGGUGAUCGAUUAAAAAAAAAAAAGGAAGAAAAGAAAGCGUUUGAUUGUUUGAUUAUUCCUUCGAAAAAGAAAAAAAAAAAAAGAAAGGAAAAAAAAGAAGAAAAAUCACCGGCAUUGAUAUGAUUAUAAAAGUGACGUGCAUUGAUAGGCUUUUGUUUUUCUUUUUUAAAAUUUACUUUUUUUUUAUUUUUUUGCUUUUACGACGAUAUAACAAAAUUAAGACGAAAGGAAGAUGACGAGGCAAUCGAUUGUCAAAGGUUUCUUUUCGAUAUUCUUCCUUUCACGUUUUUUUUUUUUUUCAUUUUUUUUUUCAUUUUUUGUCGAAUGCAUGCAAAAGGAGUGAAAAUAAAAUUCUUAUCUAUCGUUAUCAUCGUCAUCAUCAUGUUCACGCACAUACCCACACGCACAUACGUACACAAGCGUAUACAUUGUCAUCAUUUCUACACUUUUUCUACCAUUAGUAAUGUAUAUAUACAUAUAUACAUAUACAUAUGUAUAUAUGUAUGUAUAUAUAUAUAAUUUUUAUCACAUUAUAUUAUUAUUAUUAUAUUAACACUAUUAUUAUUAUUAUUAUUAUUAUUAUUAUUAUUAUUAUAUUAAUAUUAAUAUUUAGAAAACGCGAAGUGGUACAUUUUAUUACCGUUUAUUUUCAAAUAUCACGGUAAUAAUAACGUGUUACCCUUAUCCGCCAUCGUCGAUAAGCGAACGAUUAUCACGAUUAAUAUCGUAUCGUUCCUUAUCAGAAAAUAAUAAUUAAUAAUCCGAGUCAGAGACGAAGUUUUUGCAUAGAGGACAUGUGCGACCGGACGCAUUUAAAAGCUCAUUCACGAUCAUACGACGUAUACAUACAUACACCUAGGAUAAACACACACAUCGUGCCAGGGACGCGAUAUAUACAAUUUAUAUACCUAUAUAGAUACAUAUGCAAACGUGUGUGUAUAUAUACAUACACGUAUCAACAUAUACUCACACACACACACACACACACAUACACAUGCAUACAAAUACAUACACAACAUAUACACGAAGCAAACAUAUAUUAUAUAUUACGCGUAUAUAUGUACACAUAUUCAAAUUAUUUCCCAUUAUUUAAUGAUUAUUUAAUUUUCUUUUUUUACAUAACUAUUACUACUACUACCAUUACUACUACUACUACUACUAUUACUACUAUACACUACUAUACCACUAUUAUUAUAACUAUUACUAUUGAUUUGCUACUUCUACCACCGCUAUUAUUUACUUUUAUUAACGUCAUUGCUCACUUUUUUCAUAUCGCGUUAACAAUCUUUUUUGGCAGAACGUCAACGAGCGAUGCGCGCAAACGCGUACGAAAGCCACGUUAUAUACGUUAUCAGUGGAAAGACGAUAUAUCUAUGUGAUGGAAAAAACAAAUAACACAAUAUUUAAUUCAAUUUGCGUUCGCUCGAAAUUUUGAUCUCGUUUUUCAAUUCCUAUCUACUCGUAUUCUCCUUUCUCGUUUUCUUUAUCCUUCUAAUCCUUCUUCCUCUGUACUAUCAUCAUCAUUAUCCUCAUUAUCAAUAUCAGUAUCAUCAUCGUCGUCAUUAUUAUUAUCACAAUCAUUAUUAUAAUCAUAAUCAUAAUCGUUAUCAUUAUCAUUGUUUCACAAAUUUGUCUUUUCAUUGAAGAAUUUUUAAAUCAAAACGGCGGUCCAAGUUGCGCAAGACACAAUAAACGACACAAUAUACACGACACGAGCAACUAACAUAUCCACGAACAUACAAUACAUGCAUAUACAAUAUUUUUCCCCUUCUUUCCCAUCUCGUUUCUCUAGUGUUUUCAAUUUUUCGAUUUAACUCCCCUAAGUCCUCCCUCUCUCCACCCACACUCGCCCUUACUUACCCUUCCGUUAUAGACUUGAUCCUUCUUCCUCAUCCCCUUCUUACACUCUUAUAUAUAUUAAAUAUAAUAUUAAUAAUAAAUAUAAUAUACUUUACGUGUACGUCUCUUUUUUAAUUUAAUAUAUUUAUUUUUUCAAUCAAGUAUUUAUAUAUUUAUACAAUAUUUUAUACUGCGUUCUCUCAAAACAUAAUAAUGCGUUAUAUAUAUAUAUACACAUGUAUAUAUAUAUAUAUAUAUAAAUAUGAGUGUAUGUAUGUAUGUAUGUAUGUAUGUGUGUGUGUAUAUAUAUAUGUGUAACGCGUUAAGAUGUAAAAAAAAGAAAGAAAGAAAGAAAGAAAAAUGUUGCGCAGGUCGAUCUCUUGGCUCUCGGCCGGAAAAGCCGGCGGUUUUUAUUAUAAUAAUAAUAAUUAUUAUUAUUAUUAAUAUUAUUAUAUUAUUAUUAUUAAUAUUAUUAUAUUAUUAUUAUAUUAUUAUUAUUAUUAUUAUUAAUAAUAAUUAUAUUAUUAUGGUUAUGCAGUUACGCUCCAUUUUCGUUUUUGUUUUUUUCUUUUCCUUAUUUCUCAUUUCUCGCUCUUCUCGUGCUUAUUUUUUUUUUUUUUCAAUAGACCGAUUGACGUACGGUAAAAAUCCUUUAAAAUCUUCAUUUCCAUUCUUUUUUUUUUGGAUAUUUUUUUUUUCUUUUUCUUUUUUCCAUCCCUUUCCUCCGUGAGUUCGUGAUUUCUCGUAAUCGAAGUAUUCCCAAUUUGUUUUCUCGUAAACGUCUAUUUUUCAAUGAUUUUCAAAGAGAACACAGAGAGAAGAGAGUUAAGAAGGAAGAAAAAAGCGUACACGUUAUAAUAUGAUUAACGAUAAAUAAUUGCUACGUUUAACUUUUUGUGAUAUGUUCGUCGUCUCUCGCGACGAUAGAAUUUCUUUCGUUGGCUUUUUAUUAUUUUUUUUUAUUCUUUUUCCUUUUUUUUGUUUUUGUUUCUUUUUCGCUUCUUUUCCUUUUCAUAUAAUUUACCGACGAACAUCGAGAUACAAUAUCAACUUGUAAAAGUUGUAUAAAGGGAGAUUAAACGGAAAAGAAUGUACGACGAACGAACGACGUGCGUCUUCGGUGUGAUACGUACUAAAAAGAAAAUGAAAGGACAACAAAAAAGUAUACACACACAUAUAUAUAUAUAAAUAAAUUAAUAAAUAAAUAUAUAUAUAUAUAUGAGCGCGAGAGCCAAUUGAUAGGCUGACAAAAAUCGUUCGAGAAACAAAUUUCAAAAUCACGUGCUUCGUAUCGACGGUACGAAAAAUUUGGAAUUUUCUUUACGGUAUCAUCAUUUUAGUUUUUUUUUACUUUUUCCAAAAACAAAAAGAAAAAUAUUGCUUUCUUAUUAUUAUCAUUAUUAUUAUGAUUAUCAUUAUUAUUAUUUUUUUCUUUUUUGUUCAUCUCCGCUUUAUUUCAAUCUCCUCGGCUCUAAACGAAUCAAGAUCGAAUUUUUGUUGCUAUUAUUAUUAUUAUUAUUAAUAUUAAUAAUAUUAUUAUCAUUGUUAUUGUAAUAUUUUUGUUCGGUGAAUGCACAUAUAACGAUAUUUAGAUCACCGUAUGAAGAUCGAUUGAAAUAUUCCAUUUAAAUCGUACCGUAAGAUGUGCCCUGCGAUUACUCGAACGAUUUCGGUCUAUUCUCCACGAUGGGACCAUAGAAGUGAUAAAACAAAAAGUACAUACAUAUACAUAAAUACGCGUAGAAAAAUGGAAAAUCAGGAAGUUAAUAUUCUAUUUGGGAAGAUCUAGCGCACGUGAAUGUGGAAUAGAGAAGAACGUUCGAAAGAAAUAUAUAUGUAUAUAUAAGUAAUAUAUAUAUAUAUAUAUACAUAUUAAUAUAUAUUAUAUUAAUAUAUAUGAAUAUAUUAAUAUAUGUGUAUUUAUAUAUAUAUAUAUAAUAUAUAUAUAUACUAUAUAUAUAUAUAGAAUAUAAUAUAACAAAGAGAUUGUGACGAGAGCGAAAUAUCUUUUCUGAUUUUUUAUUUUUUCUUUUUUUUUCUUUUGCAUAUUUACACAUAUGUCAAAAAAAAAUUGGGCGUUUCGCAAUAGAUGUAAUUAAUUUUGCGUUUGCGUAGAAAGGAAGAAAGAUAGAAAACGAAAAACAUGUGUUGAAAUGUAUGCUUAUAUGUGUGCGUGUGUGACGACAAAUGCGAGAUUUUUCUUAUUCGACGCCAUUUUUUUUUGCUUUGCUCCAUUUCUUUUUUCUUUUUAUUAUUUUUUUUUGCCUUUUUUCUUCUAAGUUCGUUUUCCAACGAUGCUAAUGCUACCAUCUCCGAUAACGCGCGUGCGCUGAGCCUUCCCGAUCUUUUUUUUCGAUUUGGUUUGUUAAGAAAAAAAAAAAAAAAGAAAAGAAAAGAAAAAAGAAAGAAAGAUAAACGACAUAAAUUGAACGAUUGAUGAUGAUCGCACUCCGCAAAACAAGUCUCAUGUGUAUCACGAAAGAAAAUGUGUAGUUUGAUAAGUAUUGCCAACAAUACACAACUUAUUUAAUACAUUUUAUUAUUACAAAUUAA